AAUUACCUCAAAAAAAGAAAAGGUGUGUACGUUCGUCUAGGAGUGACUGAAUUUUCGGAGGAAUACAAGAGGUUUGGUUACACUGCCUUGUCGUCGAUUCGACCAUUGCUUCUUAGAUUAGAAACUUUCUUCCAAAGGACAGAAUGCGUGAAUGCCUCUCACUACAUCUCGGCCAGGCCGGUGUCCAAAUGGGCAAUGCUUGUUGGGAGUUGUUCUGUUUGGAGCACGGCAUCCAACCCGAUGGACAGAUGCCCUCAGACAAGACCAUCGGAGGUGGUGACGACUCCUUCAACACCUUCUUCAGUGAGACUGGAGCUGGAAAGCACAUACCAAGAGCUGUUUAUGUUGAUCUAGAACCAACCGUUAUUGAUGAGGUUCGAACCGGUACUUACCGUCAGCUUUUUGGUCCUGAGCAGUUGAUUACCGGCAAGGAGGAUGCUGCCAACAACUAUGCCCGUGGUCACUACACCGUCGGCAAGGAGAUCAUCGAUAUCGUCCUCGAUAGAGUCAGGAAGCUGGCUGAUCUGUGUUCAGGACUUCAAGGUUUCUUGGUGUUUCACAGUUUCGGCGGUGGCACCGGCUCAGGUUUCACCUCCCUGCUCAUGGAGCGUCUGUCCAUUGACUACGGCAAGAAAUGCAAGCUCGAGUUCGCAAUCUACCCCGCUCCUCAGAUCUCAACUGCCGUGGUCGAGCCUUACAACUCCAUCCUGACAACCCACACCACCCUCGAGCACUCCGACUGCGCCUUCAUGGUCGACAACGAAGCCAUCUACGAUAUCUGUCGUCGAAACCUAGACAUCGAGCGUCCGACGUACACCAACCUCAACCGUCUGAUCGGACAGAUUGUUUCGUCAAUCACUGCAUCAUUACGCUUCGAUGGUUCUCUGAACGUCGAUCUGACAGAGUUCCAGACUAAUCUCGUACCCUACCCUCGUAUCCACUUCCCCCAAGUCAUCUACGCUCCAGUCAUCUCGGCUGAGAAGGCCUACCAUGAGCAGUUGAGUGUUUCUGAGAUCACCAACUCCUGCUUCGAGCCCGCCAACCAGAUGGUGAAGUGCGAUCCCCGUCACGGCAAGUACAUGGCCUGCUGUCUCCUGUACCGUGGUGAUGUCGUCCCCAAGGAUGUCAACGCCGCCAUCGCUACCAUCAAGACCAAGCGUACCAUCCAGUUCGUUGACUGGUGUCCAACUGGUUUCAAGGUCGGUAUCAACUACCAGCCACCCACCGUCGUCCCUGGUGGUGAUCUUGCUAAAGUCCAACGUGCCGUCUGCAUGCUAAGCAAUAACACCGCCAUCGCUGAGGCCUGGGCUCGUCUUGACCAUAAGUUCGAUCUGAUGUACGCCAAGCGUGCUUUUGUCCAUUGGUACGUCGGAGAGGGUAUGGAGGAAGGAGAGUUCUCCGAGGCUCGUGAGGAUUUGGCUGCUCUAGAGAAGGACUACGAAGAAGUCGGCAUGGACUCGGUCGAUGGCGAGGAGGAGGCCGAAGAUGAUGAUGAAUAUUAGACAAAAAAAGAAUUCUUUCUCUCUGUAGAUGUAUGCAUGCAAUAUUAAUUUAUUAAUGUUUGAAUAAGUGAGGCGGCGCAAUGAUGCUACGUUUCUUUCUUCUGAUUUCCUAGUGCCUUAAACCGUUUACUCUUUAAUCUGAAUAUUCACAAUAUUCAAAAUCAAAUCACUUCAAAUCAAAGACAAUAAACACAUUUUCGAUUUCCUUUGCGUCUGUAGGUUAUAAUUUUGUAUCGCUUAUUAAAUAUUGCGCAUGUAAAUGUCUUACGACCGUGCAAAUCUUCAGGAAAGUGUUUAAAUAACCAUGUUCGCGCAAUCGUAUGCGAGCUGCCGUCAGCUCAAAUUUAGGCUUGGAGGUGUGU